AUGCCAUUAACCACUAUUUACAUUGCUAGACAUGGAUACAGAGCCAACUGGCUUCCUCCUCCGCACCCACCUAACCCUACGGGUAUCGAUAGUGACCCGCCAUUAGCCCCGCACGGCUUGGAUCAGGCAAAGGAGUUGGCGCACUACAUAUUGUCCAUAGAGCCAAAACCGGCUUGUAUCUUUUCCUCUCCAUUCUAUAGAUGCUUGCAGACGGCUACCCCUAUUGCAGACGUGUUGAAUAUCGAUAUCGAGUUGGAAGCCGGGGUGGGCGAGUGGUACAAGCCGGAUCGCCCGGUAAUCCCCAAACCAGCAACCGUGGAAACGUUGCAACGCUUUUUCCCGAAGUUAAAGGCUAACUGGGCCGGUACAGGUGUGGCGCCUCUUCCAACCGGUGAAACUGAAGCCCAGAUCUUCACCAGAUGUUCCAUCUUCCUCACGAAGUUCAUCACCAAGUUUGAGAAGGAGCAUCCAGAAGCCACAUCGGUGCUUUUUAUGACCCAUGCCGCGUCCUCAAUCGCGCUUGGGAUGGCCCUUAUGGGCUUUGAAAGUGUCAGAGAUUACUUGGACGAUGAACAGGCGAUCUUACAGGCGGGCACAUGCUCGUUGACACAAUACACGUACAACCGGGGCAAGUGGGAGUUGAAGAUGAACGGUAACACCGAGUUUUUAAGCAAGGGCGAAGAAAUGAACUGGAAUUUCCACAAUGGGUUCGAGGCAGGUUCUGACGAGGACAUUAAGGCCAGGCAAAACAAGUCCCAGCGUGAGAAGGAGGACUACGAGGUACGUAGAAGCAAAAUAUAA